AUGGGAGGCUGGGACGUCUACUGCGCUCUCUGUGGAGGGCCCAUAAGCAGAAUCUCGUGGGAUGCUGAUGAUAGCCCGGACACUGCCUACGACCGAGAAGUGUUCGCUGAUAGCACGGAUCCGGACCUGGACUGGCUCCAGGACUGCCGCCUCAUUGGGGAGAACCCUGCCACCGCCUCGGAUUCAAAGGUUUGGCUUUCGGGCCUCGCGUGCGCCGAAGAAUAUGGCUCCGUGUCCUACCAGAUCGGGGAGAACCCCGACCCCGCGAUCUUGGAUUUAGAGGGUUGCGAUGGAGAGGAUGGGAACAUCAAAGUAUAUUACACCGAUGGAGUAGACGAUCCGUUUUGUGCCCCUUUCCAUACGCGUUGCAAGGAGGUCCUCUGCAAGUAUUUGGGUGUCUCGGAGCUCAACAAAGAAGUAUUCCUCGAAUCCCUGAAGAGUCUGGCGGAAGAAGGUGACGGGGCACCAGCCCUGGACAUUGAGUAUGGCGACAUCCGAGAACACAUGGACCAGUAUUGGUGGCCGAAACCGGGUAGCGAGCAUUUUGUCUGCGACCCGGUAGAGGUCAAAGGGCUGCCUGAAUUCUACAACCAACUUCCUACGCGGGAUACGAGUGACAUCAAGUCGCCCCGAACAUACAACACCGAGGGCGACCCAUUUGAUCGGCUCCCCGCUGAUGUUAUCUUGGUGCUGAUGUCUCUCUGCCAAUCGAUGACUGACGUCUUUAGCCUUCGUAAAGCUUCUCCGGUAGUUGCAAAUGUGCAGCUCGGCAACGGCUUUUGGCGGAGGCAGCUGAAAACCAACAUGCCGUGGCUUUGGGACUUCCCGGAGCCCACCGAUUCGCAAAUAACUGAUGUGGAUUGGAAAAAGGUUUAUCAUAAGCUGUAUUGGGGCAGCAGACCCGAAUCCCAAAGGAAGAACAAAUUUCACGGUCUUUGCAACAGGCGGCGAAUGUGGGAAAUAACCUGCCCCGUGAUUGCCGAGGCUUACGUCGAUUUUUCAGCUAAGAAUGAUGCAUGGGGCACCCCGGAGGCCCCAGUUCUGAAGAAUGUAUUGUUCAAUUCUUCAACUACUAUCGGUAGUCGUUACAGGGCUGGGAUGAACCGAGAAAUGAUGACGCUUCUGGACAACUACUUCGAGAUUACCACGGCACGACCCCUUUUGUUGAUUUCCUGGUCUGAAGACCGCCGCUUUUUCCAUAAUAUCAGUGCGUUCAGAGAUGAAAGCAAACUCAUGGCUUGGAAGCAGACGAUUGGGUCGGAUAUGUUGGAUACCGUCCCUGUCCCGGAUGAUGACUGGAUCACAGGUUUCGUCUUCAAGAGCAGCCUAGUAUUGGAUGAGAACGGAGCUCGCAAGCCACAUCUUCUUGGAGUAGAGAUUCUCUUUGCGAAGCAAGAGCCUGUGAAACUUGGUGCUAGUAGAGCAGACGCCCAUCGACUCAUUCAUGCAACAAAGAAUCACUUCAUUGUUGGAUUCAAGUUCUAUCGUGAAGACGAUCAUAGCUUGACGCACAUGGGUCUUCUUGAGCAGCCACUGACGAACAUGGGAGACUGCUCACGUGUGACCGACAGAUGGGCAGGCGGCUAUGACACUACUCACCGCCUCUGGGCCGGUGACCUACCGCCAAGGAACGUCCACAUGUCCCAGAACACCCUGAACUUGUCAUGGUCCCACAUGGGAUAUAACUAUCCUACCGAGUGGCUGAUGCUAGGUGCAUCUGCGGAAGAGCAAGCCGAUAUCACCGGGAUCUCUGUUGACAGCCAGCUUGGCAGAUUCGAAGUCCAUUUUCAAAACCAGCCUACCCGGAGAAUAGGCUCAGCCUUCCACGCGAUGAAAUCUCUGUCCAUUGAUGGGAAGGGUGGCGAGCACAUCACACAGAUCUGUGUCACUAGGCCAAGCCAGCUGGCGAUGAUGUUCGUCACCAAUCGCGGUCGUUGUCUCUCGUUGGGCGUCUCAGUAUCUGGAUACCAGCCGCUAACGUUUGGUGAUGAAAGCGACCCCGAUGCCUCCAAAGUUGCUCCGUGUGGCAUAUACGGAGAAUGGUGCGAGAACUUGGGCGCGAAGCAUCUGCUCUACGUCUUCGGUGCCUUCGGGUCGUCGGAGUUGCCAAUAUGCCAGGACGAGAUCAAGCCCCUGGCACAAGACGGCAACGGCUACUGCUGGGAACCUGAGAGGCCAUUAGCUCGGCUGGUUGAAACCGGACCCGUUUACGGUUCAAGAACAUAUCAUGAGGGCGCUUCCUGGUCUGUGCUAAGAGUAACGAAGACAGUGCCGUCCAAGGGGUGUGUGGUCAGCGCGCUCCAUGUCGAUCGCCCAAUCACGGAGGUGCGCGUUACUUUGGUGCACAGCAACCCGAAAUGCACUAUCCCUCCCAUCGCAGCUAUCCGGUUCACGUACCUGGAUGGAGAGAAGAUGGUCGUGGGACCGGACAGAUUCUCCAACGACCCCAUAUGCCGGUGCUGCGAUGAGAAGACGAGCCUCCCUGAGGAGACCGGGAAAGUACCGCAUUAUCGGCACGAGAUCUGGCGUCCAGGGGAUAGAAAACUGACUAAACUGCGAAUAUGGCUGUCUGAGACGGGGGGUCUGGGAGCCAUUCGUUUUGUGGCGGAAGGGGGAGCUGAAAGUCCGCUUUGGGGAUACUGGGGUUUCGAUAUAGAGGGGAAGGAAUGCGAGGAGCUGAACUUUGCAGGAGAACAGUGUGGCACGGCUAUUGGACUCAAGGUAUUUUUCCAAGGUCUCGAGCGGGGGGAUCGUGGAGAUGAUACUGUGAUUGUUGCUUUCCAGGGGUUAGCUCCUACUUCAGCUCAGGACAGCCCCUGA